GUGCGCACGGCGCCUCGCCCCCGCCCCACCGGCGCCCUAGCCUCGCGCCCGCCGCCGGCCCCCGGCUCCCGGGCUGAGGUUGUUGAGCUGGCCGCAGCUGCCGGGGCCGACGCGCGCCCUCGACGUCCCUGCUCCCGCCUGGGCUCGGCGUGGACGUCGCAGGAGGAAAGCAUUGUUUAAUGAGAACUCCAUGAGUACAGAGUGAAGAUGGCGGGCUUCCUGGAUAACUUCCGGUGGCCGGAGUGUGAGUGCAUUGACUGGAGCGAGCGCAGGAACACUGUUGCCUCCGUGGUUGCAGGGAUCUUGUUUUUUACAGGCUGGUGGAUAAUGAUUGACGCGGCGGUGGUGUAUCCUAAGCCUGAGCAGCUGAACCACGCUUUCCACACGUGCGGUGUGUUUUCCACACUGGCUUUCUUCAUGAUAAAUGCUGUAUCCAAUGCACAGGUGCGAGGUGACAGCUAUGAAAGCGGCUGCUUAGGAAGAACUGGUGCUCGGGUCUGGCUCUUCAUUGGUUUCAUGCUGAUGUUCGGGUCACUCAUCGCCUCCAUGUGGAUUCUUUUUGGUGCAUAUGUUACUCAAAAUAUUGAUGUUUACCCUGGACUAGCUGUGUUCUUUCAAAACGCUCUUAUAUUUUUUAGCACUCUGAUCUACAAAUUUGGAAGAACUGAAGAACUCUGGGCCUGAGAUCACCACACACCACACCUUCCUCUUGUUGUGUUCCAUGCCUAGCUCCUUUAUCUCUAGUAUAAUUUACAGAUUGCCAAAAGGAGCACAUUGUGUGCUCACAGGUUUAUUUCUUCAUAGUUUUGUGCCCUGAGUUUUGAAUUGUGUUUGCAAAAUGUCUGUUUUGGUUUUUCAUCAACUAGAUAAGUUAAUAUGUACAUAAUACAUAUACAUGAUGCUGAAUGUCAAGUUUUUAUUCUUAAGCUUGGUAUGGAUCCUGAGCCAGGGUUCUAUGGCCUUGGUGUUUAGAGGUAAAUGCUCUGUCUUGGCAUCUCUGAUGUUUGAAAAUAUACAGCUCCAUGUCUCUAGAGGCCCUGAGCUGAUGACAAAGGCAUUUCUGCCAUGUGUAAUUUAUUUUGGCUUAGAAAUGAGUUUUUUUGUUUUUGUUUUUGUUUUUUUAAGGAAAAAAAUGUUUGUGCAUAUGUAUUAAAGAGCUGGACUUUUUAUAUGAACAUUUUUUUAAAUGCCCAAAGGACUAGUUUGAAAGCCCCCUUUGCAAAGAACUCCUCUAACUUGACUUUCGUUUGAGAAGGGAUAACACAGAGAUUUUCCAUUUUGUAAAAAAGAUGGUAAGCAGCUGAGCCAUGUGCUCCCAUCUUGGCGAGCAGCUCUGAUGCUCAGAUUGUCGUGGGCAGCUUGCCACCAUCCGGUGUUACACACAGCAAGGGAUCCUGCAGCAGGCCAAGUGGAAUGACUAGCUAAAGACCUCUUCCCAAAGGGCGCUGUGACCUACAAAAGGUCAGACACUUUAUUCACUUUGUUCCUGAUUCCGUCUGUGUAGCUCUCAAGUUCUGGGUGACCAGCUGCUGCAAAGUAGAAGUAUCCUGUACUGAAAGUUCCACUCCAUGCCAGACGCUCCUUCCCAUGUGUGAGUGCUCCAUGUCAGCUCCUCCCAUGUGUGAGUGCUGCGCUUGCCCCAUGUAUUUUUCUGUGGGCCUUUCCCUUGGGUCAAGAUUUUGUGUUGCAUUUUAACCCCAGAGGAUUUUUAUAAAGCCUUUUGCUGCACCUCCUGAUGCAGGCCUUACUUAGCUGGCCUCUCUGAGAGGCCCCACCAAGCACAGCGUGUGAAGCGGCUGCUGAUCGCUGUGCUUCAUUCUGAUGCGUCAUUCCUUUCCCAUCAGUCUUCAAAAUGCCAGCUUUGUCUUGCUUCCAGCGAACUAUAAAGUUAACCACACGUUUCCAUUCUUAGAACUAAUGCAAUAAAUACCCCCUCUCACACAUGCUGCACAGCUAGGUGUGCUGAGGGAAGUGACCUGUACAACGCCACUCUGUGCAUCCUCCACUGUCCAAGAAGCACUCAUAAACAAGGAGAGGACAGACUCUAUACAGCAUGCUAAUGCGUAGGUCUAUGAAGGGCAGCCCUGAUGACCGACUGAAAAUGGUGUUCAUGAAUUUUGUUUUAAUUGUGAGCAAAUCUGUUGAUUUCCUCUGUUUGUUGUUUCAUUAAACAAGAGAUGACAUUAGUAUCCUCUCAUAGAUAUUAUGAGUCAAUAGAUUUCUUGGCAAUCAUAAAAUGCACAUGGUUCUCUUAAUAAAGGUCUCACUGUUGUUCAAGCUCAA